CAGACCAACAAACACACCAUAGGAGCUUUGUGGAUUCAAAGGAUUUGCUUUCCCCUCUCAAAGAGCCGCUAUUCUUUGAUGAUUGGGCAGCGGCAAACUUCAAAGUAAUAAAUCUUAUUUCUGACUGGCUGGCGGCCCACCAAAGUCCUUAUCAAAUCCUAACAAGUGAUCCCUCACUCACUCUGCAGAUACACCGAGGAGAUCUCGCAGAGAGGAAGCAAGAGUGGAGAGGAGAGGAGACCUGCAUGCUCGACGCAUCUUUUUUUUUUUACUGCGAAUGCUUCACGUUUAUCUAAAAUUAGAGCUUUUUUUUUGAUUAUUUUGAUUAUUUUGUCUUCAUCGAGAGAGAGGAAGAGGAGGACGUUUUUACCAUGGCAGCAGUGGCUGUACUGCGGAAUGAAACACUCCAGGCUUUUCUCCAGAAUAUGUGUGUCUCUGUUAUUCUGCAGGAUCGCACUCCAAACUCCUCUCCAGAGAACUGUAAGCACUCUCCUCUGGCUCUCCUGGCUGCCACUUGUAACCGGAUCGGACAUCACCACCAUCACCAUCACCACCACCACGGAUCAUCAAACCCUGCAGACUUCCUCCAGGUCCCCUACGAUCCAACAACAACUCUGGGCUCUCCAUCUCGCUUGUUUCACCCGUGGACUACCGAGGGACCACCUCAGAGCAGCCUGGCUAGCAGCAGCAGCAGCAACUCUUUCGGACUAUCCUCCUCCACAAAGUCCCAGCUGCACAUCCAGAGCUCCUUCACCUCCCACCACGAGCUUCCUCUCACUCCUCCUGCAGACCCUUCCUCGUACCCUUAUGACUUCUCCCCUGUGAAGAUGCUACCUUGCUCCAUGCAGUCUCUGCAGUCCUCCUGUCCUCCCACAUACGUCCCUGCAGUCAAUUACGCAGCGCCAUCUCCAAUUGCUCCUGCGAUGCCAAGUUUUGUCACGGGACCCUCCAGCCUUGUGCACCACCAGCAGCAGCAGAGACAGUUGUCCCCAAACCCUGCAGAGGAUAUCCCAUGGUGGAGCCUGCAGCAGGGCAACCAUGUCACCCACACUUCCACUCUUGGACAUCAUCAUCGCUUCCAGCUGCAGAGAGGCUUGGUUCUUGGACACACUGACUUUGCGCAAUACCAGACGCAGAUCGCAGCUCUUCUGCACACAAAGUCUCCUUUAGCGACUGCGCGUCGGUGCAGGAGGUGCAGGUGUCCAAACUGUCAGUCCUCCACGUCCUCCUCCAGCGACGAGCCUGGCAAGAAGAAGCAGCACAUUUGUCACAUACCUGGCUGCGGGAAAGUUUACGGGAAAACUUCGCACCUGAAAGCGCACCUGCGGUGGCACAGUGGGGAGAGGCCGUUUGUGUGCAACUGGCUCUUCUGUGGGAAGAGUUUCACCAGGUCGGAUGAGCUGCAGAGACACCUGAGGACUCACACUGGAGAGAAGCGAUUUGUUUGUCCUGACUGCUGCAAGAGGUUCAUGAGGAGUGACCACUUGGCAAAACAUGUGAAAACUCACCAGAACAAAAAAACCAAGUGCAUGGACAAGACACUUGAUCAUGUGAAAAGGGAGGACACAGGGAGGAAUAUGUUGUAACACACCUUGUAGUAAAAACAGUAGAAGUCACUAGUGCAAUACAGUCAGUCCUAUUAGUUAACAGUGAGCUGCAUUUUUAUAGAUUUUUAUUUUGUGGUUGAUUUAAGAUACGAUAAAGAUAAUACUUUAUUGUCAGACAGGUCUGAAAUUUGUUUUGCAUAACAGCAGCUCCAUCACAGAAAGGACAAAUACAAGAAACGUACAUUUAAACAUUACAAUCACAGAAUAUUCAGGGCCCUUUAACGUACAUUUGAUCUGGGAUUAGGCUCCAUAUUUAGUUUUAGGAUGGUGCACAAAAGAGUGCUUCAGUCUAACCUUAUUAAAUUUCUUAUACAAUAGACAAUAGUCUCUAACAUUGCUGGUCUGUGUAGCACAUUUUUGUAUAUAUAUAUAAAUAUAAAGUUUCAUAAGUUAAUUUGGGACCAUGGAGAAGUUAUAUGGCUCAUGAGUUUGAAUUCACUGUCUAUAUCAUAUCAAGGGAAGACAAGUUUUCAACUUGUGUUUUGAUCAUUGUCUUCGGUGGAAGAUUUCACUACCCCCCUGUAAAUUAUAUUUAAUAGCUUUUGUUGAAUGAAAGUGUCCGUUUUUUUCACUCCAUAUGGGGUGUUUUUAAAAAAAGCAUGCUCUUGAAAAGAUCUGCUAUUGUUGAUAUGACCCAAAUACUGUGUGAGAAUAAAGAUUAUAACAUUUUCCUCAAGUCUAAACUCGAAUAAUUCAUUUGAUAUCCCUCAGUUUAUGUGGGCGAUGAGACAAUCAGGUUUUUAUGUGUAAAGAAAAAUCAGUAUUACCUGGAUUAGUGUGCCUUGUGAAUUGUAAAACCCAGUCGUUCAUUUCCAAUUUUGUUUAGUAAAAUCUAAAAUUGAAGUGAUUUGAGGACUUGCAGGGGAAAAAAAGUGUGCUAAUAUUUAGUUCCCAGCUGUUGGUGAUGGUCAAAAAGGAGUAUUUCAACCCAAAUAAAACAAUGUUUAAUACUACUUUGGCUGUACUGAAAAUGAAAAAAGAUGUCUGCAUUUUAUUUUAUUUUUUUUGCUGUUGUUGUUUAACCUUUAACAUACGCAAAGCGAUAUUCAAGUAGU